CACCUUGAUGGCAUGGCGACAAACAAAAGGCCACUGAGACGGUCAUCCCAUUCACACACCUCGUCGCCCAACAUGCCGUCAGACAAAGCAGCCUAUCUAGCAGCGCAUUACCUUACAGCCGACAACAAACCCUCCUCUUCGACCAAAAGGCGCAAGCGCAAACAAGCCACGACCUCCUCGGGCCUCCUCAUCACCGACGACGACGAAACCGGCUGGGGUUCCUCCGCCCGCCCCAGCGCCGCCGACGAAGACGAUGACAUCCCCGUCACGAUAGCCGGCGCGACCGCCGACUUCCGGCGCACCAAGAAGUCCGCCUGGAAAACCCUCAACGGCGCGCCCACUAACCCCAAAACCCCAUCAAAAGACGAUACCGCCACCGCAGCCGACGCAAUAAUAGCCUCGGCAGCCGCCGAAUCCGCGGCCCUAGCAGCCGCAGACGAAGUCGACGACCCAACUGCCACCAUCGCCACCACCGAAACCCCCCAGAUGAUGUCCAACGGGACUCUCGCGGGGCUCCAGUCCGCCUCCUCGAUAACCGCCCAGAUCCGCGCGCGCCAAGCCCUCGAAGCCGCCGAGCUGGCCGCGCUCAAAGCAGCACACAACACCGCCCAACAGCAGCAACGACAAGAACAAGAAGCCUCCUCGACGAUCCUCCGCGACGCGACCGGCCGGCGCGUCGACGCCGCCCUUCUGCGCGCUGAAGCCCGGCGGCAAGAGGCCGCGGCCGAGCGCGCCGAAAAGGCCAAGGCAGACCUGCUCAGGGGCGAGGUGCAGUCGGCGCAGGCGCGGCAGCGGCGGGAGGCGCUCGAGGACGCGGCGUUAAUGCCGCUUGCCCGGGGCAAGGAUGACGUGUCAAUGAACGAGGAGAUGAAGAGGGCGGAGCGGUGGAAUGACCCGAUGGCUGAGUUCUUGACGCAGAAGGAACAACAGUCAUUUGGUAAGGCGGGCAAGGGGAAGAAGAAAGGGUUGACGGCGAGGAGGCCGGUGUAUAAGGGCCCCGCGGCGCCGAAUCGGUAUGGGAUCCGGCCGGGGUAUCGGUGGGACGGGGUCGAUCGAGGGAAUGGGUUCGAGGCGGAGCGGUUUAAGGCGUUGAAUAGACGUGAGAUGAAUAAAGGGCUGGAGUAUGCUUGGCAAAUGGAUGAAUAGCCUGCUCUCGUGUAGGUUCGCUUGAUUUGGUUCCGGGGGGUUUGGGUCUUUUUGGUCACAGCAGAACCGGUAUGUUAAGGGCUCGGACACAAAGGGAGUAUAUAAUUUAAUACUCACGCGAAGCGCGGUCCCUGAGCAAGAUAUGGGAU